CAGAUGCUUUGGACGUCGCCCCAGCAAUACGUGUGAAUGAGACUUGCCGGUGUGUUUGCUAAUGGUGUCGGGACAGACUUGAAUUCUCUCAUCGCUAUUUCUUCAUUCUUUGAGAAGGGGCCCGUGAGAGGCUAUUUUGUUAUCUCCGCAGUAUGCCAGUGACUCGAUUUUACCAUCACUGAUGAAUACAAGUUAGCUAUUUUCUGUUGAACAAUGAACCCACGAAAACAAAUGUGAUCACACACACCGAUCACAGAGGAGACUGUAGUCGUCUUUUUUCGACCGGAGAAUAGACAGAUCUUUUCCGCGUCUAGCCAGGCAGAUGAUGUGAAGGUCUACCGCUAAUCAAGUCUUUAUGGCGACGAGAACAAGGGGAAGCCGAGCGCGCACGGAAGGAAGGAAUAGGAGACUAUUCGAUACCAAAUCGGGACACAUGUUGAGCUAACGGACCACUCCACCUCCCUCUCCCUCCCUUGGCGGAUCUUGCCUUUUCUUUUCCUUGUUUUUAAUUCCUGUUGAAGAGGCCAGCGGCUCCAUUCGUCUUAGCUGAAGUCGCCUUCCUGUCGGAUUACUAAACUAUGGAUCUCAGUAAAAUGGCAGUAAGCAUCAACAAGGCCAUCAACACACAAGAGGUCGCCGUCAAAGAGAAGCAUGCCAGGACGUGCAUCUUGGGGACCCACCAUGAAAAGGGCGCUCACACCUUCUGGGCAGCUGUCAACCGGCUGCCCCUGUCCAGCAACGCCGUGCUCUGCUGGAAGUUCUGCCACGUCUUCCACAAGCUGCUGAGGGACGGCCACCCAAACGUCAUAAAGGACAGCAUGAGGAACAAAGCAGACCUUACUGACAUGAGCAGAAUGUGGGGGCAUUUGAGUGAAGGUUAUGGAAAGCUGUGCAGCAUCUACCUCAAACUGCUCAUCACCAAAAUGGAGUUCCACAUCAAAAACCCCCGUUUCCCUGGCAACCUUCAGAUGUCAAACAGACAGCUCGACGAGGUGGGAGAAAACGACGUCAACAAUUUUUUCCAGAUGACUGUUGAGAUGUUUGACUAUCUGGAGUGCGAGCUGAACCUCUUCCUGGCAGUGUUCAGCUCGUUGGACAUGUCCCGCUCCGUCUCGGUGACUGCGGCAGGUCAGUGUCGGCUGGCUCCGCUGAUCCAGGUGAUCCUGGACUCCAGCCACCUCUACGACUACACCGUCAAGCUCCUCUUCAAGCUCCACUCCUGCUUGCCAGCAGAGACACUGCAGGGGCACAGGGACCGCUUCCAGGAGCAGUUUAAGAAGCUGAAGAGUCUGUUUUACCGCUCCAGUAACCUGCAGUACUUUAAGAGACUCAUCCAGAUCCCACAGCUUCCAGAGAAUCCUCCUAACUUCCUGCGGGCAUCGGCCCUGUCGGAGCACAUCAGCCCAGUGGUGGUGAUCCCGGUGGAGUCGUCUUCCCCCGAGAGUGAGCAUGUGGUCGAGACGGAAGACCUCGUGGACAUGGACAUCCCUGCACAGCCGGCUGCAGUGGAGACCAGAUUUGACGAUCUCUUUGGAGCAGCCACAGACCCCUUCAACUUCAACAGUCAGAACGGCAUGCGCAAAGACGAUAAAGACCGUCUGAUUGAGCAGCUGACAGCAGAGAUCCAGGCCCUGAAGGAGGAGCUGGAGACCUUCAGGCUGGAGAGCGGGCGUCUGUGCCAGGCGCUGCGCGGGCGCGUGAGCGAGCUGGAGGCCGAGCUGGCGGAGCAGAGCCACCUGAAGCAGCAGGCGCUGGGCGAGAGCGAGUUCCUGCGGGCCGAGCUGGACGACCUGCGCCGCGUCAAGGAGGACACGGAGAAGGAGCAGCGCAGCCUCACGGAGAUCGAACGGAAGGCCCAGGCCAAUGAGCAGCGCUACACCAAGCUGAAGGAGAAGUACACCGAGCUGGUUCAGAGCCACGCUGACCUACUCAGAAAGAACGCUGAAGUGACCCGUCAGAUGACUGUGGCGCGGGCGGCUCAGGACGAGGUGGACAGCGUGAGGAAGGAAAUGCAGGACAAGGUGAAGGCGGCCCAAGACUCUUCGGAACAGCAGGAGAAGGCUCAGCUGGAGCAGCUCCAGGCCCUACAGGCAGAGCUGCACUCCAGCAGGACGGAGCUGGAGAUCCUUAAGGGGAGCAUGCUCUCCUCCCAGCAGUCGAGUGAGGAGCUCAGCACUCAGCUCUCGUCACUGGAGGCGGAGAAGGCGGAGCUAGUGGAGUCUGUAUCCAAGAAGGAGGCGGAGCUUGCCAGCAUCGGGGAGGAGUUGGAGCGCGUGCAGAACAGCCUGACCAACGAGAGGGAGAGCGGGGUCAAGGCUGCCGAGACCCUGCAGAACCAGCUCAAUGAGAAGGAGAGCCGUGAGCAGGCGCUGGAGGCCCAGCUGGAGGCGCUGCGCUGGGGAGCCCUGCAGGGGGCGCUAGAGGAGGCCCGCCGCAUCAUCCAGGACUGCCUCAGCACACUGGACGACCCCGCACACAUCAGCUGCACCAGCUCUGCAGAUUACCUUCUCUCCAGGUGUCAGGCCGCAGUGGAGUGUGUGGAGCGGUUGCAGGCUGCGAGGGACGGUUUCCAGGCCGACAGCACAGGCGUGUCGGAGCUGGUGCAGGCCGUCACCCAGUUUGCCCACCUGGUCGGAGACACCAUCAUCCAGGGCAGCGCCACCUCCCACAUGGUGCCCGUAGAUCAAGCAGACGUGUUGUCCAGCAGUGUGAAGUCGUGCGGCGCGGAGGCUCUGGCCCUGCUGGCUCAGCUGCAGGACCGCCAGUCUCUGGCCACUGCGGACAGCAGCAAGCUCAAAGAGGUGCUGGAGGGAAUCAAGGCCACAGCCGAGAAGCUACGACCGCGUGGUCUUGAGCUGCAGCAGGGGGAACUGGGAGAUCUGGUGGAAUCGGAAAUGUCCGCCGCAUCACAGGCCGUAGAGUCAGCCGCGGCCAGGAUAGAGGAAAUGCUUAACAAGUCCCGAGCUGUUGACACUGGAAUCAAGAUGGAGGUCAAUGAAAGGAUUCUGGCCUCCUGUACAGACCUCAUGGAGGCCAUUAAAGUGCUGGUGCUCUCCUCCAAAGACCUUCAGAGGGACAUCGUGGAUGGCGGCCGGGGAGCGGCGUCCAUGAAGGAGUUCUACGCCAAGAACUCCCGCUGGACCGAGGGCCUGAUCUCCGCCUCCAAGGCAGUGGGCUGGGGGGCCACUGUGCUGGUGGAUGCAGCAGACAUGGUGGUUCAGGGCAAAGGCAAGUUUGAGGAGCUGAUGGUGUGUUCACACGAGAUCGCAGCCAGCACGGCCCAGCUUGUGGCGGCCUCCAAGGUUAAGGCAGACAAGGGCAGUGCCAACCUGGCUCGGCUACAGCAAGCUUCUAGAGGAGUCACCCAAGCCACUGCUGGUGUCGUAGCAUCGACCAAGUCUGGCAAAUCACAGAUUGAAGAGACUGAAACUAUGGACUUCUCCAGUAUGACACUAACCCAGAUCAAGAGGCAGGAGAUGGACUCGCAGGUCAUGGUGCUGGAGCUGGAGACGCGUCUGCAGAGGGAGAGGGAGAGGCUGGGGGAGCUGAGGAAGAAACACUACGAACUGGCCGGAGUAGCCGAGGGCUGGGGAGAGGAGGAGGAGGGAACAGGUUGAGACAUGCCACACAACAGCAGCUAUUUCAAGGCUGGGCUUCUCUCCUCUCUUCUCUAUUCUCUCUCUCUCUUUCUCUCUCUCUCUCCUUCACUUCUUUUCUCAGUCCCUCUCCCCGCUAUUCACACACGUAACUCAGAAGUCUUCUCAUCCUUAUUUUCAUUCUGUAAUUGCAAAACGAAGCCAAAUAAAAGGGUGCUUUUUUAAAAAAAAGAAAAAAGAAAAAGAAAAACAAACCUUUCCUGCUGCUGUGGAGAGGAGGAAACUUCCACGAGGAUAGCGCGUAGAUGGCACAAACAGCAACGGGAUGGACCCGCUCUUCCCAUCCGCCGGCCACAGACUUGCAGCAGAGGUCCGCAAGCUUGCCGAUCACCACAUGUAUUUAUUGGAGGAUUGGUUGUCUACUCCUGACUGGCCCCUGACAUGUUUUUUGAAGGUGGUGUCGUGUCGCAGCUCAGUCCCCAUCCUUGACCCUUGACCUCUGACCUCCCAAGUCCCCACCCUACACCCACCAUGCCCCAUUCAAACCCAAAAGCACCGUUUCCUCCUGCAGCAUUGACUGGAUGACACACACACACACAACACAGUGGGCAAAGUCUACACUGCGCCGUGACCGAUCCACCAUUUUGGAUGCCGUAAAUAAACAAAAAGUGCUUCACACAACUGUAGCGGUGGCAACCUCCUAUCUGGUGUCUCCAUCUCCGUCUCCACAACUGGAUCCAAAAACAAAGGAACACAAAAAGGGGACAGGUGUUUGGAGACGCGUCGCUCUCCUGCCCUGGAGAUUUCUGUUCUGUUCCGUUCUGGACUGUUCUGGGCCGAACCACAAAGCCUUCCUGAUUCAGCUCCUGCACAGUGGACCACACUCGUUUCCACGACAACAGCGGCCUUGCUUUGGACUCUGGACUCUAAAUGGAGAGAUACGAGCCGAUGUGUUGGGAGUGGGACACAUCCACACAUACACACAGACACAGAUACACACACUCACACACAGUGACCCACUGUGGACGCCUGUCUCUGAUCUGGACAUAGCCGAUCUUGAUAUGAUGAAUUACUUCACACCAAGCCUCCUUGUCUUUGAGUCGCUCUGAUUCUGCCUCUCUAUCUUCCCUUUCUCUCUCUCUCUUUUUCUCUCUGUCUUUCUCACUCUUUGUAGUACAUGUAUCUGUGUGUGCAACGAGUUGACUUCAAAAACUAACUUGACAUCAGAACAAGACACAUGCCAAGCUAUAACUUUAUGAACAGAUAUCUGGUUGGCGUUUGAGUUGUGGUGGUGGUAAAAGAGUGGUUCAUUAACUUCUCUUUCUGACUUAAGUUCUGAGAUGUCUAGACUCUUCUGACCAGGCUCGUUUUUGACUCACCCAACAUGGCGGACAUGAGGUCACAAGCAUUUCACAAGUUAAAGUCCAUGACUGAGCUAGAUAUGACUGUUUGUUGUUGACUCGUUGUCCUCCAGUUUUGACGGGUGAACUGGGCCAUACAGUGUCAUAGACAGAGAGACAGACUGCCUUAGAAACAAGAGAGAGCUGGUUCACAUACAGACUGUUAAUAGGACAUAGACUGAAUCAAUGAUGUGGUGCGUUAACCAGAGGACUUUUGAUGUGCAGCAGCAGGCACAGAGGGCUCCAGGGCCUGACGAAAUAGUUUGGAUUCCAUUUAGAGGGCGAUUCCUUUUAAUCGAGAGUGAGCGAGAAAGAAAGAGCUGGCAUCUGUCUUCUCCAGACCUCUCUACUUCUACUUUUGCCUCCAUUCACACAUAUACAUGCAGCACAGCCACACCCUCACACUCUCUUACACACACACACACACACACACACACACACACACACAUACACAUACGCAUACACAGACCCUCCAUAACGGAAUAGAGAACAUACAUUUGUGCCUUCAAGUGUGAUUAAGGUCAACAUUUCACAUACUUUAAUACUUCAGUGAUAAAGUAGACAUUGUAACUGAACAGUAGACAUGAUAUGCUUCAUACUUUAUCCUUUUUAAAAAAAGAAUAAAAGCUUUAACUCAGUAUUGUAGCAGAGGAGCAAUGGCAGACGGGCCCACAGCUCCUCAUAUUUGGUAUUUUAAUUUAAUUUGCUUUGGUUUACCUUUGAGCUUCCAAUCUGAUUUGUAAAUUCCUCAAACUCGUUUGUCAAGGAACAACCUUUACAAACUAAGGGGAGUCUGGUGGGAUGGGGUUAGGGAGGCAGAAUAAUGUAUCUUCUAUUGCUUGUCAUUGUUGAAGCAAUUUUUCAGGGCCAAACAGCCUCUAGACCGUCACUGUCUGUCAGCCCAACACAACUCCAGCCAUUGGAUAUGCUCAAAGAAGUCGCCAGCCAGCCAACCACCAGGGCCAUGAUUACCUCAGCCAGGCCUCUGACAAACCAGACGAGACUUCCUCUAGACUGGGAAGGGGUUCAGAAGCAUUCUUAAGCUUAAGCUAGAACCAUGUGUUUCACAAGUGUGUGUGCGUGUGUGUGUGCGUGUGUGUGUGCGUGUGUGUGUGCGUGUGUGUGUGUGUGUGUGUGUGUGUGUGUGUGUCUGUGUGAACAUACAUCUGAGUCUGUAUGCUCUUGCUUAGUCUCCACCAGGGUGUGUGUGAGUGUGUGUGUGUGUGUGUGUGUGUGUGUGUGUGUGUGUGUGUGUGUGCGCGUGUGAGUGAAUGAGUGAAACCAAGUGUUGAGCUAUGAGUGAGCUCUUUUUAAAGCUCUUGUCUUUCUGUGUCCACAUGCCCUCUCUGUGUUUAAUGCACUGCUUUGGCCGUUUUGUAAAGUUGUUGUGACACUGGGUAUUUAAUUCUGAUUUUUCUGUGUUUGGUCACCUAAUCUAUCAUCUUCCACCUUUUGGUUCAUCUGUAGGUCUACCAGCUCAGCCAGCCUUUCAACUGCCUCUCAGUUAGUCAAGAAAAACCAGAGCAUUACAAAAUACUCAAGUAACAAUUUCAAACGUGUCUUUAUAUUAUAUACUAAAAAAAGAACUGUGUGUGGGUUUGUUUAAUUUUUUCAGUUUUUAAAUAAAUAUUUCAAGUCAUUAAUUAAAUGUCUUUUCCCUCUGUGAUAUUCCUAACUGCAGUAUUGAGAGUCCAAAACAUCAGUAGGUUCUAAAAUUAUUUCUUUGAGUGCAGGGUCUGUCCAUCUGUGAUUUGGCCUACAACACAAAUUAUGAAACAAGGCAUUUCGAUGAAUGGAUUUGCUCAGCACAAAGAGUCUGUCACAUUUUGGACUAGCAAAGAAGGAUUAAGGUAGAGGAAUGAUUUGAUACCAUAAGAUUAAACACCCUUUUUAACAUUUAUUACAUAAGACUCUAAUUAUUACAUAAUACAAGGGACAAAAUGGUACAUUCCCGUGUAGCCCAGGGUGCCUUUAAUUUCGGUGAAUGUGCAUCAACCUGCAUUUUUAUGUUGCACCAACAGAGGUCAGUAGUGUCUUCUGAGUAUUAAAUGUCAGUCAAUGAGACUAUCCAUUGCCAGCAACUGCUUUGAUGUGGGCCUUCACGAAAUAAACUGAA